AUUUACAGCACUGACACCGGUGUAGAGGGAGAAAAAGGCGCUCCGGUCCCAGUUGUUAUUUGCAUCACUCGCGAGAGGAAAUUUUUUCAGCUGAAGUUGCUUGGAAUUUACUGCUUUCAUACUUCAUGUCUUUUCUAUCAAAUGUAUGAGUUGACACAGAUAGCGGGCAUUGCUUCCUGCUGACUCUGUGCUCCGUGGCCCUGGAGGUUGUUGGGUUUUCUUUUUUUUCUUUUUGCCUGCAUAUGCAAGCUUAACCCUGCUACGGUUUUAAUUUUCUGUUUGUAGCUAGUUGUACUGUUGGAUUUCAACUUUGUGGAAUAGCAAAACAUUGUUUUUCUUCUGCAAAAGAAGCCAGAUAUAUGUUGUUGAUCCAUCAACUGAAGAUGCCCAGGGUCUUCCUUUUAAUAAAAAAGACCAUCUCUCUUCUUAAGACAGACUGAAAGGCUUAAAAGACAAAAACUAUUCUCUAGAUCUGUCGCCUUUUCAACGCAAUUUCUGUACAACUUUCUUCAUUUAGUAAAUGGAGUAACUCUCUUUUAAGAAUUUUGAGACAUCUCUGGGCCCCAUCGUGAUGCGGAUGGUCAUGGUCAAAUUUAGUUUUGAACUCACAACCCACUGCGUUCCAUGAAGAGGUUUGGGAGCCUGAGGAGGAGCAAGAAACGGAAGGAGCAAGAUGGGCUAGGAGGGAGGCAUCAGUCCGAGGCGUCAUGUCUGUCUGUCUCAGGACUCUCUACACCACCCACCACCCCAACCCAGUCAUCCAGCCAACCCGUGUUCACCCAGGAGGCCCAGCCGAACAGGCCCAGCCCCGAACGCCUGGAGCCGAGCUCCAGAUCCCGCUCACUCUCCACACCUCCAGACACAGGACAGCGCCUCAGCCUUCCCUCUGCUAAACCCCCAAUCCCUUCCUCAAGCCCCGUGCCAUCUUACUCUACCUCACAACAAGUCUACGGUUUAUUCGAAGGCAUGCUGGAGAAACUUGAACUAGAUGACGAUGCUGCUGAACCUGAGAGUGAUAUUUACAUGCGCUUUAUGAAAUCCCACAAAUGCUACGACAUCGUCCCCACAAGCUCCAAACUGGUUGUGUUCGACACGGCGCUCCAAGUGAAGAAAGCGUUCUUUGCCUUGGUAGCCAACGGUGUGCGAGCUGCUCCACUAUGGGACACAGAGAAGCAAAGCUUUGUGGGAAUGCUGACAAUCACAGAUUUCAUCAUCAUACUACACAGAUACUAUAAGUCACCGAUGGUGCAAAUUUAUGAAUUGGAGGAACAUAAGCUUGAGACGUGGAGAGAGGUUUACCUUCAAGCUACAUUCAAACCUCUGGUCAACAUAUCACCUGAUGCAAGCUUGUUUGAUGCAGUGUACACCCUCAUCAAAAACAAAAUUCACAGACUGCCUGUCAUCGACCCCGUCACGGGGAAUGCACUUUAUAUUCUCACACACAAGAGGAUCCUCAAGUUCCUCCAGCUUUUUAUGUGUGAAAUGCCAAAGCCAGCUUUCAUGAAGCAGACUCUCGGGGAGCUGGGCAUUGGUACGUACCAUGAAAUUGCUUUCAUCCACCCGGACACGGCCAUCAUCAAAGCACUCAACAUCUUUGUGGAGAGACGAGUGUCUGCCCUGCCUGUGGUGGAUGAAUCAGGCAAAGUUGUGGAUAUUUACUCCAAGUUUGACGUGAUUAACUUGGCUGCUGAGAAGACGUACAACAACCUGGACAUCACAGUGACACAGGCUCUGAAACAUCGCUCUCAGUACUUCGAAGGAGUCAUGAAAUGCCACAAAAUGGAAACAAUGGGGACCAUUGUAGACAGAAUAGUCAAAGCUGAAGUGCAUCGGUUGGUGGUGGUGGAUGAACGCUCCAGCAUCGAGGGCAUAGUCUCCCUGUCGGACAUCCUCCAGGCUCUGGUUCUCAGCCCCGCAGACGCCUGCAAGGAGGAGAACCUGACUGAGUGAGAGGGAGGAAGCAUCAGCUGAAGUGGAGACAUGGUGGGAGUAAAUACGUUUCUGUCUAAGGUUGAGGUGGGGAGCGUGAGGCUGAGCAGAGCCGGUCUGAAGGUCCCAGAGACGCCUGCAACUGAUGCACUAUAGAGGCUUAGAAACCAAAGAGCUAGACAGCUGAAUGAAGUGGAGUUCUGCACUGAGGAUUGAUUUUCUGAAUUUCUUUCUUUUUGUUUGUUUGAACACUGAUCAGAAACACACACACACACACACACACACACACACACACACACACACAGACGCAUUAUGGACACCAGCUGGGGUAAAAAAGGUGGGAAAGUUGAGACUAAUGAAUUAGGGCUUCAGUGUUUUGGGUUGUGUAGUAGAUCAUGCUGCCGUCAUCAGUUGAUUUUUUUUUUUUUUAGUCGCAUUUUGCAGUGCCUCCAGGAAAACCUGCGUUCUCCUCAGUGUUUGUCAUAGAAGGGUGAACAUUCACAGAUGCAAUUUAUUCUUUGGUAGCAAAACUACACUUCACCUACAAUGUGGCCAUUUUCUGACUGCUGUCAUUAAAACUGUUUGCCAGUGCCAAUAUGGAGGAAUUGAUACCCAAUCUUUAUUUGUGCCUUUUGUCUGCCCCAACCAGUUAAAACUGACAGUAUUUGUGUUCUUUGACUCUUUAUUGUCAAACGAGUGCAAUUAUUUGGACUUUUUAUUUUUAGAUGUGAAUGUGUAGUAUUCAAGUAGUUGGCCAAUUCUACCUUCUACUUCUAAUCUGAAAAAUAUUUUCCUUUUUAUUUGGUUGCAUUUUUUGUGAUUUUAGAAGUGCCAGAAGUGUCAAGAAUUCCUGUUAUAUAGAUUUAAUUCCAAAAAAGUAAUCCUAAAUAAAAUCUAAAUCAUCUUAGCACAAAAUCAUGCAGCAGUCAGAGGCGAAUACAACUAUACAUUAAUAAAGAUUCUAAUAGCCAAGAACUAUGAGUGAGUACUUCUCACUCAUUUUACAUCAGUAAUGAUUUAAAGUCAUUGCGACUUAUAGAUGCAUUUUUGUAACCGUAUUAGAAGACCGAAACAUGUCUUUUUAGAUGUUUAAAAACAUUUUUUACAUUUAUUUUCAGUUUUGAGGCUUCAGAAAAUCUGAUACUCACAAACAUGCAAAUCAACUCUCAGCUGUAGCUCGACAGGACUCAUCUCCAUCUUUGACUGUAAAUAGGAUCGUUUUUCGGGGAAACGUGUCACAUAAAGCUUUAUUUUUAUGAAUGUGUCAACAUGUUUAAAGAGACUGCAGUUUUAAUGUUAUUUUUGUAAAUAUAUUGUGGCAAUAUGUCCAGUUCAAAGAGACUUUGUAUCAGAUCAACAUGUACUGUAAAUGUGCAAGCAUGAGAAACUACACUUCAGCAGUAUGAAUGUUCUUUGUUUUACUUUUUCUAUUUUUCUGGCUGCAGAAAAAUAAAUGGACACUGAAUGUA